CGAGAGAGAGAGAGAGAGAGAGAGAGAGUUGGGGGAGGAGGGCAGUGCUCUUGUUCGGGAGAUAGGGAAUGCCCGUUAGUUGCGUCUGCCAAUAAUAGCACCAGCAUCAGCCAGAGCGCUGGCAUCGGGGGGGUGGGGAGCGCAGCGCAGGCAGGCAGUGCAGUGCAGUGCAGUGCAGGAGGACUAGAGCCGCUGAGCGCGGGAUGGUACACUAGAGGAGGCAGGCGCACUCAGAGAGAGUCCAGGGCAUCGGGAAGGAGGAGAGAGACCGCAUCAGAGGAGAGGAGCACACGGGGAGGAGCAGAGCGGCAGAGAGAAAAGUUACCAGCUCAGCAAGACAACGUGGAAGUGGAGCGACCGGGACCCGCCGCGCUCUCUUUUUUCUCCUGCCGGAGCAGCCCGCCGGCCGUAAGCAGCAGCAGCAGCAGCAGCGGAGGAGAGGAGAGGAGAGUGGUAUCACAAGAGGGGACAGAGGGAGUGCUGUAACUUCUUCCCAGGGAAGACGGUGGCUGUCGUAAUGCCCCUCACAAGAGGAGACGCGUGACUCCCGCCGCAAGACAGCAGCAGCUCGCAGGAGACACUUGAGUGAAAUGUGCAGUUACACUCACUUCUCCGCUGCAGGAUUUCUCACCCGGCUGAAGUGGAAGUAGUUGUUCUCCCGGAAGGCUUCUCAUCUUUUUUUGUUGCUUCAGAGUUUGAAGCAGCGGUGACUCGGAGGGGGGGCGGGGGGGGGGAUUUGGUAAGCCCCUUUUUCAUCCCUGAGACUAUGGUAGACGGCGCGUCAGGGAGCCCUUCAUCAGCAGCUGCAGCCCUAGAGCAUGGAGAAGUCCAGCAGUGAGGAGUCAGCCAUCCACCGCAGCCCCUCCGUAGACAGCCCCGACUCUGAUUUCGCCCAAGCCUCCACGUCUGGCCACCCGUUCGGCGGCCGCGGCUUCACCGCCGGCGCGUUCUACGGCUCCACGGGGCCGCGCAAAGACGCGCAGCCGGGCCAGGCCGGAGUGGCCCCCGACGCCAGCGCCGCAGGAGACAAGACCAACAACAAGUACAGCUCUCCCAAAGGCAGCAAAUACGUGGUCUUUUACCUGGACCUAUCCUUUGUGUUCCUUUUAGAAUUCAAGAAGUGCAACAUGGCAAGGGGCUGCCUCUGCUGCUUGAAGUAUAUGAUGUUCAUCUUCAACCUCAUCUUCUGGUUAUGCGGCUGUGGGCUGCUCGGCGUGGGCAUCUGGCUUUCUGUGUCGCAGGGCAGUUUCGCCACCUUCUCGCCCUCGUUCCCCUCGCUGUCGGCUGCCAACAUGGUCAUCGCCAUCGGCGCGAUUGUCAUGGUAACGGGCUUUCUCGGCUGCCUCGGGGCCAUCAAGGAGAACAAGUGCCUGCUUCUGAGCUUCUUCAUUGUCCUGCUGAUAAUUCUCCUGACAGAGCUGAUAUUGCUCAUCCUGUUCUUUGUGUACUCCGAUAAGGUGAGUGAGAACGCCAAGCAGGAUCUGAAGGAUGGGCUGGCUCUCUACAACUCAGAAAACAACAUAGGCUUACGAAACGCCUGGAACAUCAUCCAGGCAGAGUGGAAGUGCUGCGGCGUGAUCGCAUACAGCGACUGGCACGAGGCCCUGAAGGAGAAGAUGGUACCAGACCGCUGCUGCCAGGAGCAUUACCAGAACUGCGGGCAAAACUCAACAAAUAUGUUCUGGAACAGGGGCUGCUUUGAGAAAGUGGAGGAGUGGCUGGAUGACAACAAGCUCCUGCUGGGAACCAUAGGCAUGGUCAUCUUGGUAGUGCAGCUCCUGGGCAUGGCCUUCUCCAUGACGCUGUUCCACCACAUCCACAGGACAGGGAAGAAGUACGAUGCUUAGCCUCGGAGGGAGGCAUCCAGUCGAGGAGGAGCCCCACUGCCUGAUGGGAUAAGACUUUACAACCUUCUAUGCCCCCCCCCCCCCCUUCUCCACCCACUCAUCCCAAACCUUCUGUACAGAUUCCAGCCGUCCCCGCUCCAUUCUGCUAUCUCCUCUCACAACAUUCAUUUUGCCAAAGAGUAACACAACUGGAAGAGAAGGGACAGCUACUUUUGGCAAGGAAGUGAAUUCCAUUGGGUUUCACUCCCUUAAUUUUUCUUUUCUUCUUUUUUUCUUGCUCGGACUAACAAUUUGCUGGAAGGAAGGAGAGACUUUGAGACAAUGAAGA